AUGAACGACCUCCAGAAGAUCGAUGAUCAGGUGAGGCAUGACGAAGAGGCGUUGGCCUUCGUGCCCACCAAAGACAAGCCGAGCUUCGUUGUUCAGGACUUGCUGUCCCCGGUGCUCGGCAGCGCGGUGCUCCUCCCUUAUGCCGUCAGCUUCGUCGGGGUCGUAGCUGCCGCAAAUGCUUCGCUGGAGAAGAGCUUCCCGACUCUGCUUGCUUCACUUCUUUUCAGCCAGGGCAUGACCUCUUUGGUCUUCUGGCGCUGCUCGCAGCACU